GAACCCCCGCACAGUAAAACCGUAACUAAGCCGCAAUCUCUCCAGCUAUCAAAGUACUAGAAGACAGAGCAAAACCGACACGAAGCGACUGUCUCUUCUUCAAAACACCCCUUUCGUUUUCACGCGUUUCUGUUCCAUUUUCCUGAACGUCAUUGAGCGAAUCCGCCAGUCAUCAUGAGCGCUCAGCAGGCCGCAUCCAACGAGCCCCGCUCGGACUCGAUGUCCGAGAGGGAGAAGGAGGUUGCGCAGGACGACGUUGACAAGAAACCGCAGGAGAACCCCGUCGAGGACGAUGCGUCGAUGUUGUCUGCGGGCAACCUUCGCGUGUGCGUUGUGCAGGCGAUCGGCGGCACCCUGAACGGCUACAGCAUCGGCUUCGUCGGCGUGUACUCUACCCUGUACGGGUACAGCACGAACUGCGCCAACUACCGCUUCGAGUCCGGGUGCUCGACGGUGCCGAACGCGAACUGCAAGUGGUUCCCCCCCUCAGGCACCGCCGCCGGGUACUGCGGAUGGGUGGAUGGCACGUGCAGCAAGCUGUACCCCAAUGAGGACAACGGCGGUACGAGCGACAACGAUGCGAUUGUGAAUUGCAACGGUGACAGUAGCCGGUGCGCGUGGUCGUACAGCGCUGGUGAGUGCCAGAACCCCUCCGGCUACUCGUCGUCUGACAACGGUAUCUUUGCCGGCGCGAUGAUUGCGGGUUGCCUGAUCGGCUCCGUCUUCGCUGGUCCGCUGGCCACUGCCAUCGGCGCAAAGAUCUCGUUCCUCCUCGUAGGUAUCGUGGGUAUUGUGAGCUCCGUGAUGUACCACGUGUCGUGCGCCGAGGACGAGUUCUGGGUGCUGAUUGUCGGACGCUUCGUCAUCGGUCUGUUUCUGGGUGUUGUCGGUGUUGCGUGCCCCAUGUACACCGACCAGAACGCCCACCCGCGGUGGAAGCGCACCAUCGGCUGCCUGUUCCAGGUGUUCACGACGUUCGGUAUCUUCAUGGCUUCCAUGAUGGGUCUUGCCCUCGGCCAGAGUAUCUACUUUGACCACGACCGCGACCAGAAGACGAUGGCGCGCAUGCAGGGUCUGUGCGCGGUCUCCACCAUGUUCAGCAUCGUCAUGAUCGGCCUCGGUGUCAUCGUGAACGACUCCCGCGCCAAGUUCGACGGUGGCGACGACAAGAACGCGAUUGAGCUCGACGCCAACGAGUACGGCUACGUGGAGAUGAUCCCGCGUCUGGUGAUGGGCACUGUGAUGGCCGGCACGCUGCAGCUGACCGGUAUCAACGCCGUGAUGAACUACGCGCCGACGAUUAUGGGCAGCCUUGGCCUUGCCCCGCUUGUCGGCAACUUCUACGUGAUGGUGUGGAACUUCGUGACGACGAUCAUUUCGAUUCCGCUGUCGUACGUGUUCACGAUGCGCCAGCUGUUCCUGUUCGGCUCCAUCUUCACGUCGUGCAUGUGCAUGUUCAUGUGCGGUAUUCCGGUGUACCCUGGUGUGUCGUCGAGGGACGCGAAGGACGGCGUUGCCAUCACUGGAAUCAUCCUGUUCAUUCUCGGUUUCGAGGUGUGUGUCGGUCCGUGCUACUACGUGCUGACGCAGGAUAUGUUCCCGCCGUCAUUCCGCCCGCGCGGUGCGUCGUUCACGCAGGUGAUGCAGUUCAUCUUCAACCUGAUCAUCAAUGUGUGCUACCCGAUUGCGACGGAGCGCAUUUCCGGCGGCAAGUCCGGCAACCAGGACAAGGGCCAGGCUAUCGCGUUCAUCUUCUUCGGCGGUCUCGGCAUCAUCUGCUUCAUCGUCCAGGUCUUCUUCCUGCACCCGUGGGACGAGGCGAAGGACGGCAAGAAGGACAUGUCUCCGGAUCAGCGCCGUGGUGAGGCGGAGCUCGCUCAGUAA